GCUUGUGCAACAGAUAGAGAGUUGCGCUUGCAGAGCUAGCUAGCUGCAAAACAGUCAAUCUUUUAUGCGUACUGAGCUUCAGCCAUGAAUCCUAGAGGCGUCAUCCUCAAGAUUGCCGCAGUGGGACUAUUCCUGCUGGUUGUGGCCAAGCUGGGAGAGUCAACCCACAGAGCCAGAUACUGCUAUAGUCGGCAGGCGUACACUUAUUACACAAGGAGAGUGUACUACUAUACCAGCUAUUACUAUGUUUCGUGUUGGCGUAGUUGGGGCUGGGGCCGUUGCCAACGAUCCCGUCAAGUGGCAGCAUACACUCGGCAAGGCUAUACUAGAUACUAUAGUGUCCGACAGUGUUGUUCAGGGUUCAGUGGGUCAGGAUGUCAACCUGUGUGCUCUAGUAGCUGUCUGAAUGGUGGAUCCUGCACUGACCCUAACACCUGCACCUGCCCUAGUACCUGGACUGGAUACAGAUGCCAAACAGAUGUCAACGAGUGUUACUUAAACCGGGAUAAUUGCCAACACAACUGCGUUAACACAGCUGGUGGUUUCCGUUGUACGUGCCGCAGUGGAUACAGAGCUAGCGGCAGUGCUUGCACUGAUAUUAACGAGUGCACUGAGGGCUCUCACCAGUGCGACCAAACUUGUGUCAACACGAUUGGAGGCUACACUUGUCAGUGUGGGACUGGCUGGACUCUCUCCAGUAAUGGAAGGAGCUGCAUUGAUGUGCCUGAGUGUACUCUGGGUACAGACAACUGUCAGCAGGUGUGUGUGGAGCAACCAGGCAGCUUCUCCUGUGCCUGUAACCCUGGCUACAGCCUCCAACCAGAUGGCCGGACCUGUGCAGACAUUGACGAGUGUGCUGUUGGUACUCACCAGUGUGGUCAGAAUUGCCAUAACAACGUCGGCUCUUACACUUGCAGCUGUAACACUGGAUACAGGCUGGCUCCCGAUGGAAGGUCAUGUCUCAAUAUUGAUGAGUGUGCUGAAAACACUGAUGGCUGUGAGCACAAUUGCCAUGACACUGACGGCUCUUACUACUGCAGCUGUAACACUGGAUACAGGCUAGACACCAAUCAACAUAGUUGCAAUGACAUUGAUGAGUGCACUGAGAACACUGAUGGCUGCUCUCAAGUCUGUACCAACUCCAUCGGCUCUUACGAGUGCAGCUGUCGCCUUGGUUACCGUCUGGAUGCUGACCAACACACUUGUAACGACAUCAAUGAGUGUGCCGAGGGGACCGAUGACUGUGCUCAAAAUUGCCAUAACAACGUCGGCUCGUACACUUGCAGCUGUAACACUGGAUACAGGCUGAACGCUGAUGGAUUUGGCUGUGACGAUAUUAACGAGUGUACAGAAGGUUCUCACACUUGUGCUCAGAAUUGCCUUAACAACGUCGGCUCUUAUACCUGUAGCUGCAACACUGGAUAUCGACUUAAUCCUGAUGGAAGGCUGUGUGAUGAUAUUAACGAGUGUGCCGAGGGUGUGGACCAGUGCGAGCACAAUUGCCAUAACAACAUCGGCUCGUACACUUGCAGCUGUAGGACUGGCUACAGGCUGAACGCUGAUGGAUUUGCUUGCGACGAUAUUGACGAGUGCCUGGAGCCUGUGGGAUCACCUGAUCUCCACGCUUGUGACCAGGCUUGCCAUAACAACAUUGGCUCGUACACUUGCAGCUGUGGCGAUGGAUACUUGCUAGAUCCUGAUGGCAGGACUUGCAAUGACAUUGACGAGUGUUUGCUGGGCAUCGAUGGCUGUGACCAUAACUGUGACAACACCAUUGGUUCCUACAUCUGCUCCUGUUAUAUCGGCUAUAGGCUCAACUCUGACAGUCACACUUGCUCUGAUAUUGACGAGUGCGUAGAGCCUGUGGGAUCACCUGAUAUCCACACUUGUGACCAGACUUGCCAUAACAACAUCGGCUCGUACACUUGCAGCUGUGGCAUUGGAUGGACUUUGGACUUUGACGGCCGCCGUUGCAAUGAUGUGGACGAGUGUUUGCCAAAUGGUAUUGGUCGUCAUGGAGACCUGGCCUGCGAGCAAGACUGCAUCAACACUCCCGGCUCCUAUCACUGUGCUUGUAGAACAGGUUACAGAGUGCCGGCUGAUGGUGGUACAACCUGCGCAGACAUUGAUGAAUGCAGUGAGCCUGACAGCUCUCCUGAUAGUGAUGAGUGUGGUCUCAACAGUGUCUGUGCUAACAACGAGGGCUCCUACUCUUGCAGCUGCUUCAACGGUUACACCUUACUACCUAAUGGACGAACUUGUCAAGAUGUGGACGAGUGUGCAGAGGGCAUGCCAUGUGGACAGGGUGCACUCUGUACCAACACUCAAGGCGGCUACGAUUGUGCUUGUCCCAACGGAACUGUGCAGAACCCAGAAAGAACAAGAUGCAACGAUAUCGACGAGUGCGAGGGUGAUAACCAUCUGUGUGAACAUGACUGUAUGAACACGGUCGGCUCCUACACUUGUUUCUGUAGCGACAGUCAUACCAACGCUGACGAUGGCAUCAACUGCCUAGCUCCUCCCAGGAACUAUCAAGUGACGUAUGGUGGGUCUAGAAACAUCGUGGUUACCUGGGACACCCCGCACACCAGUGACGGGAACGUCAUGCACUACACUCUUAUCGUACAGUCACCGGACGACUCGUCAUUCUUCAGGCAAAUGGAAAUUGUGGAUACCAACGCUGUUCAGUACAUAGUUGGCGGGGUAACGCCGGCUACCACGUACGAGUGUUGUCUAACAAUCAGGACUAACCUCGGAGACAGUCCAUUCUCUUGUGCCAGUAACACCACUCUGGAAGACACGCCUGACACACCCCCAAGUGAUGUCUCCGCUGCCCUCAAUGACCCCUAUCGUGUCACCGUUAGCUGGGACACGCCGGCCCACCCCAGUGGAGUCAUCACAGGCUAUACCAUCUAUGUUGACUAUCGUGACGGCAACGUUGUACCAAUACAACUCUUGAGCACUGCUCGCUCAUACGAGAUCAAGGACCUCCUCCCAUAUCAGACUAUCCUUGUGGCUAUGUCCGCUAACACCACAGUGGGAGAGGGUGUGGUCUCCGGUUACCUCUCAUACACAACAAUGCAAACAGCUCCUCCCCCACCUGAGGCCACAUUCUCUGUUCUGAACGACCAAUCGUUUCGUGUCACGUGGACCGCCCCCUCACCUCCCAAUGGAGUGCUGACUCAGUACUUUGUCGUCAUCACCAACGUUAGAACAGGCUACAGACAGACGUUCACCAAACAAUCCACUGAUUUCGAUCUCUCCGUCACUCUUGACAAUCUGACCCCUUUUGUGCCGUACACUGUUGAGGUAAGCGCUGCCACUGAGGCAGGUACUGGCCAACCCAACACCCUCAUAGUCUACACCAAGCAGGGAGUUCCCGUACAGCCCCAGAUAACAGCUGCCCCUCGCACAAACGGAGAGAACGCCCAGAUCACCCUCCAACCCAUCAGCCCUGACGACGCACACGGCUACCUGACAAGAGUGGAGGUGGCUUAUAACGAGGCCAACUCGAGAAAUGAUGACUGCUCUGGCUUUGAUCCCAACGAUGUGGACUCCAACUCUGUCCUGGUCAUAGAGGAUGAUCUAGAUGACUCACAGUAUAGUCUGGCUGGAUUGGACGCAGGACACGAGUAUUGUGUAGCCGUGAGGGCUAGCACUGCUCUAGGAUCCAGUGACUACAGCGAUCCCUUCAAAGUUACAUUGUCCAACCCCAUCCCUGUACAAGUUCGAUUCACCCUCGCCAGCGACCAACAGUGCGGAACUUAUGUGGCCGAUCGCUCAGACGAGAAGAUUCAAGACAUCAACCAGGCCAUUGCCGACUAUGUAGUGGACAGCUGCCAAUGCAACGGCUUCUCCACAGAGUACCUCACUGACUCUAUGCUAGAUUGCGCCAGAGAUGAUUCCAACGAGUUUAUCUACAAAGGAAACGUUCUAGCCACCUCGGUGUUGGACAGUGCAGACGUUAGGGACACCCAUAUCCAAGGUUUUGUCGAUACUUCUCCCGUUGUAUCCGUUCUUGGAACGUCUUUUAAGGUCAACCCUUACUGCAAUACCACAAUCAAUAAUCUAGAACCCGGUAACGGUAUGUGUUUGGCUCGUGCCCCUACCGAUGCUCCAGGAACUGCAGCUGGCUCGAACACAAUCAUUCUUGCCCUGGAGAUCGUGGGAGGAAUUGCCGGCGCAGCUCUGUUAUCUCUUGUCAUCAUCGUGCCCGUGUGCAUCGCUUGCUGUUGCUGUGCCAGGAAGGACGUUAAGAACAAGAGAGAGGGGUUGAAUGUCCAAGAUCACAUGGAUGGCCGUGAUAUCAACAGGAGAAGUGUGCCCGAACGCCCCCUCCUUACCAACACUAGCGGGAUGAGUACCCUCACCCGUGGUGAUCUUACCGGUAAAACUGGCACUCUCCCUCGUGGAGCACUUACCGGUAAAACUGGAACCCUUCCCCGUGGUACCCUUCCUCGCAAGCAACCUGGCAACAAGUACCAGUCUAGCUACGAAGCCAUGGAUGCUCUGCAGACCACUCUUCCUCGUCACAAGCCCGUGAGUGACUUUAACCCUGACUAUGAACCGGUGGAAGAUGAUGGUGCUGUCAGGAAAAUUAAUCUGGGUACCCAGGGAACGUCGGGAUUCAGCAACCCUAGCUAUGCUGACGAUGAUGACUACCAAUAUUAACUUUUUUUAUCAGAUAUUCUGACUGGUACUAUUUUAUCUCUGUUGGUAUUAUUUACUAGCUGGCUGUAGAAAUGUAGCUUCAACCACAAAAAUUAAUUGCUUGUAUAUAUAAUUUUGUAUCCCUUGUGUAAUUACUGUUAUAAUUUUGUGCCCUCCCCAUUCCAUGAUGUUUUUUAGUGUCUCUCUG